GUUCGCUAGCGUUCCGUUCCGCCGCUGCGCGGCUCCCGAAGCAGCGCUUCGCGCUCCCGCCGCCGCGCGUCCCGAUUUUCGGCUCACCACACCAAAAGGGUGUGCAGCGCUCGAUGCUUCGCGCUGCGCAGCAGCGGUCACUUGCAGAGUCUGAGGCACUGAUGCGAUGGCAAAAUCACGCACACAUCGCGUAAAAUUGAGCGCUGCGGCGUCUACAAGCUAGCGUCCAGUUACACACUAGCAAGUCUUUCACGCGCAGCGUUUUUGGCGGCAUUUUGCGCCAUUCGCCGGUCAUCAUUUGGUGGCGCGAGCGCGGAGAGCGCCUGUGAACAGCACUGAGCAGGGCUUGCGCGAAACAGGCACUCACGCAUCGACGCGAGGCUGUGAACCAUACAUACAGGAGCGCACGCCAUCGACGCGCGAGAGGCCGAGAACCAACCAUGUACAAAAGCUUUCCCUUUUACAGCUCGCAUUCCCUGAGCGCCGAGCUGGAGGUCGGCGUCUGCUACCUCGAGCUGCCGCUCAACCGCGUCGACCCCGCGGGCAUCCACGGGAACGCGUCGCGCUGGCGCGAGGGCGGCGACGCGGACCUGUCGGUCGGCUGCCAGGUCCUGAACAACGGGGCGCCGCUCCACGCCGUCGAGGCGGAGACGAGCGGCGCGGCGUCGUACGACGAGCAGCGCGUCGCGUUCUUCUACGGCGAGGCCCUGGGCCUGCCCGUGCGCGUGCGGGACCUGAGCCGCGACAGCCUGCUCGUGUUCACGGUGCGCGACGGCGCCGGCGCCAUCGUCGCGGCGGCGUCGCUGCCCGUCUUCGACGCCCGGGGCGUCUUCCGCGGCGGGCUGCAGAAGCUGGCGCUCCACGACGACGCCGAGGCCGCCGAGGCCGAGCUCGAGGCGGCGCACGCGAGCGCCGAGGUCGGCGGCCGGCUGGGCGCCUUCCACGGGGAGCUGCGCGGCGACGCCGAGGCCGAGGGCGGGUAUAAAAGAUAUGCGCCGCACGACCACUUGUUUCGGGCCGAGGUCUUUCGCGAGGGCUUCGGCGGCGACCACGGGUCGAUCCUGGACGAGCGGGAGGACUGGCUCGACGACCUCGCGUUGAAGCGCAUCGGCGAGCAGCGGGCCGCCUUAAAUGAUCGGGAGAAGUGGCUGCGGGCGCCGCACUGCCACGACGACGAGCGCGCGAUGGCUGAUAGAGCCUUCCUUUGUGUCGAAUUGCCCAAGUUCGACCACCCUGUGCUCUGGGAGGAGCGGCCCUACGGCCCGCCGCCGGUGGCGCCCGAUGUGGAUGCUGCGCUGGCCCGACUGGUCGCGGACGCCGCUGAUACCGGCGACGAUGCCUCGAAACUCAGUGAGGCGCUGAAGCAGGCGGGACUCGAGACGAACAAUGACGUGAUCGUCUACGACUUCGAUGAUGACGAAGCCCAGGCCGCUCGCGGAACGCCCGCGGAGGAGAAGUAUCGCGCGUUUCCAGCGUCACGCCAUCGACGCGGCGCGUCACUCACCGCAAUUCCCGCGCAGGUGCGCUAGCCAGAGACGCGACGCGCGCCUUGGUCGACACAGAGCUGCGGCCCGACGCUGAGGAAGGAAGAGCGCUAAAGCGCGUUAUGUCGGCGCCCGGCGAUUCGCUCGCGUCGUCGGACCUCGAGCUGCUGUGGAAGUUCCGGCAUGCGCUUACGGGGGAGAAGAAAGCCCUCCCGAAGUUCUUGUUAGCCGUUGAUUGGCGCGACGCGACGGAAGUAGCACAGGUACCUGCUUUACUCAAGCAGUGGACUCGGAUAGAUGUGGCGGAUGCCAUUAAACUAUUGGGACCAGAUCAAGCCUACCAGCGACGCGUCGUGCGAGCCUUCGCCGUCGACGCUCUUCGCCAGGCGUCUGACAUCGAGCUAGUUACUUACUUGCUACAGCUCGUGCAAGCGCUGCGCUACGACGAGAAGGACGAGAAGGGUCGUUCGCCUCUCGCUAGCUUUCUUUCGGAGAGAGCUGCGCAAUCAAUCGCGGUCGCAAAUUUCGUGUGGUGGUAUCUGAAAGUAGGCGUGCGCAUGCGGCGUCAAACAGCUUCGAUAUGUCGCGUUUCCCCCCCCCUCUACGCCAUCGACGCGACGCCUCAAUUCUCACGCAGGCGGAGGACGCGACCGACGAGCAGUCCUGUGCUACGUAUCGCGUGUUUAGAGGUAGAUUCGCCGAGGACCUCGCCGAGAAAGCGCCAGACGUGUAUGCGACGCUGCGAGCCCAGGAGGAACUCAUCGUCGGCGUCUUGGAGGCGCAGGCGCGCGCCAAAGACGAGAAGGGGAGAGCACCUCAGAAGCAGAAGAAGUUGAGGGAGGCGCUUGGAGCGCUGCGGACGCCAUCCUUAGUUGUCGAGCGCGGCGUCCCGUGCCCACUCGAUCCAGAUGUUAUGAUAAGCGGUCUGCACGCGCCGACUUCGUCGCCGACCAUGUUUAAAUCCGCCUUGACGCCUUCGCUCGUUGGAUUCACGGUUCGAAGGCCGCAGACGACUGCGGCGCCGCCGCAAAUGCCUCCACCGCCGCCGCCAAGGAAGCGGGCGCCGUCGACCGCGCGCCUCGGUGUACCUUCGUGGCUUCAAUGUGUGAUGCUCCACGCCUUCGACGCGCCUCAUAUCGUUCACGCAGGACGGCGGCUUCUUCGACGCGUUACGAGACGCGGCCUUCGGUGACAAACCCGCGAAGCCGCCGACGGCACCGGACGAGCCCACAACUACAAAACCGUACCGAGUCAUUGUUAAACACGGCGACGAUUUGCGGCAGGACCAGGUCGUGCUGCAGUCAGUGCCUGUGUGGAAAUCAACCAGUGUUCGCUUAUUCGAGAAACCUUCAACAUGCGGGGCGCCCGAAUGUUUGAUUUCCGCACAGGUUUGUACUUCUUAUGGAUUUAUUGCUUAAGCGCGUGAACCUGGACAUGAAGCUGACUUGCUACGGGGCUCUAGCUACGGGGGCCUCGAGCGGCAUCGUGCAAUUUGUAGAGGACUCGAAGGCCAUAUCCGACAUUCUCGCCGAGAAUCAGUCGUCGAUCCUGAAUUAUCUGAGAUCGAAUAACCCCGACGCCGCGGCGCCGAACGGCGUCAGAGCGGACGCCGUCGACGCGUUCACGAAGUCGUGCGCCGGGUACUGCGUGAUUACAUAUCUCCUCGGCGUCGGCGAUCGCCAUUUAGACAACAUCAUGGUCCGCAAGAACGGCCAGCUCUUCCACAUCGACUUCGGCUUCAUCCUCGGUAGAGAUCCAAAGCCGUACCCGCCGCCGUUCCGGUUAACUCGAGAGAUGGCCGAGGCCAUGGGCUACCCGGACGGAGCCAAUUGGACGGAGUUCCGAACCAAGUGCUGCCAGGCGUAUUGUUGCUUGCGACGCCACGCGCCCCUGUUACUGAAUUUAAUGUCGCUGAUGAAGGACGCGGGCGUCGAGCACCUGAGCGAGGACGCUUCCCAAAAAUUCCAGGACCGCUUCCGGCUCGACCUGUCGGACGAGGACGCGGAGCACUUCUUCCUCGAGCUCAUCCACGAGUCGCUCAACGCCAUCGCGCCCGUCGUGCUGGAAAAGUUCCAUCGCAUGGCGGUGGCGUUCAAGUACUAGUUGUGCUCGACGACGGCGGGGAGCAUUAUGUUUUUGUUUAUGUAUCUUUUAUAAUAAUGAAAUUUA